AUGGCUCCUCAUCCGUCAUCGAUCUUGUUUGGGGUCCAAGAGGGCUAUCAGCUGACAGCAGUGUCUCUCAAAUCAAACAUAGCAACCAAAUAUGUGCUUAAUAAUGAGUUAAUUUCCGGUUUAUUGCAUCUCACGCAGGAAUCUUUCAACGGGGACACCAACGUUGACUUUACCAAGAUCAAUCCUUCCCUGGCAACGGAUCCCCAACAUUAUGAAGAAUGGAGCAAAAUAUUACAGAAGCAAGUUGAUGCACUGGAGAAGGAACAAGACCUACCAGAUUCCACCUACCAAGAGCUUGAAUCUCUCGACAAUGACAUUGCCAAUCUGGAAAGGGAAUAUCUCACGAGAUACAAACUUGAUUCUAAACUUGAGGAGGACAAAGAUAAACAACCUAUUCGGGAACUGGUCGCACUCAACGAUCAGAUACUGACAAGAUUCCAAACCAAAUAUCACAAGUACGUCUACGAAGUCACGGGAGACUUGAAUACCGUACCGCAUGUCACGGUCGUCACAGACAAAGGCGAAGUUCAGGAAUCAACACAGCCAGAGGAGGACGAGGAUAAAGAUGUAGAAGACACAACGCCCCAAGAGUAUCCAAGCAACACAUACUACCGGAUUCAAAAACGCUUAGUUUUCUAG